UUGAGCUCUCGGCUGAGCAUGCUGUCAGAAUGACUUCUGUUUCUUUACACCAAUAGACUAGUUUAAAAGAGUUUUCCAAACUAUCAGAAGGUAGCUUAGUAGCGUUUAGAAGUUAUUUUGGGCUCUACCUCCGUCAGGCUGGAGCUAUCGGAUCCAAAAAACUGGUGGAGUGGCGGAAAGUCGUGGAGGCACAACAGACAACACUCUCGAGGGGCAAAAAUGUCCCAAGAGAACCACGAUGAGAGUGUGGACCACGCGGCCCCCUUCCAGGACGUCUGUGAAGUGGAGCCCCCUGACCAGGAGUGCUGCACGCUCGUCACUAUCAACAUUUCAGGUCUGCGUUUCGAAACGCAACUUAAAACCCUCGCAAGAUAUCCGAACACGUUACUAGGAGACCCAAUUAAAAGGAUGCGGUUCUACAACCCGGUGAGGAACGAGUUCUUCUUCGAUAGGAACAGACCGAGUUUUGAUGCGAUCCUGUAUUACUAUCAGUCUGGUGGGAGGCUUCGAAGACCCAUCAACGUGCCGGUUGAGAUCUUUAUGGAUGAAAUUACAUUUUACGAAAUUGGUGAUGACGCCAUCGAUCGUUUUCGAGAGGACGAGGGUUUGUUGAAAGAGGACGAACGUCCCGUUCCGUCCAGUGAGUUUAAGCGUCAAAUCUGGCUGCUGUUUGAGCAUCCUGACAGCUCUGGUCCAGCCAGAAUGAUCGCUAUAGUAUCUGUAAUGAUCAUCCUGAUAUCCAUUGUUAUCUUCUGUAUAGAAACUUUGCCAGAAUUUAGAGAGGAUGAUCGUGUGUUCAACAACCACCUUGCACCGAACGGAACGACUGCUGGAAAAAGAUCUAGUACAUUCACGGAUCCAUUCUUCUUGUUGGAGACCAUCUGCGUCGUUUGGUAUUCCUUCGAACUGUUUGUAAGGUUUCUUGCAUGCCCGAGCAAGCCCGCCUUCUUCAAAGACAUCAUGAACGUCAUAGAUAUUGUGGCUAUUCUUCCAUAUUUCAUUACUUUGGGUUUGGACCUUAGCGAGGUCCAGUCAAACUCACAACAGACCACGUCUCUCGCCAUACUUAGAGUUAUUCGCUUGGUGCGCGUCUUCAGGAUUUUUAAGCUCUCACGGCACUCCAAGGGUCUCCAAAUUCUCGGUCAGACCCUACGAGCGAGUAUGCGAGAACUUGGACUGCUGAUAUUUUUCCUUAUCAUCGGCAUUAUUUUGUUCUCCAGUGCGGUGUACUUCGCCGAAGUGGACGACCCGGAAUCGUCUUUUACCAGUAUCCCAGACGCGUUCUGGUGGGCGGUUGUUACCAUGACUACUGUUGGAUAUGGUGACAUGUACCCAGUGACGAUAGGAGGCAAAAUUGUUGGAUCAAUGUGUGCUAUUGCAGGAGUUCUUACAAUCGCCCUGCCGGUACCAGUAAUCGUGUCGAACUUUAAUUACUUCUAUCACCGACACCGAGAGCACAACGAGGGGGAGCAAGUGAAAUACACGCACGUAACGUGUGGCCGCACGUCGCCUCUUGUUUGUGACCGAAAUAAAAGCGACAGUAAACCCUCGCUAGUGAAAUCAGAGCAUUCAGACGACGACGACUGGAAUUCAAUAAGCGUAUUACAUUUCAGUCCAUCAGAGGAAAAUACAGGCAAACUCACAGAUGUGUAAGAACACCGAAAAGAGCUCAACGCGCGCAUUUAUGAAGAAGCAGCUGUAUGAAGACAUUUCUUCUCUAUAAAGAAGACAGAAGUUGAUAUUACCUGCAUAAACAUGCAAUUUGUGUGUAUUUUUGUCAGUAGCGGUCCGUCAGAGGCUAUGUGUUUAAAAGGAACAAACAGACGAACUGAUACAAUUAACUUUUUCAGUUUAAUCAUAAAUGUGCAUAAUGCAUAUGAUGUGCAUAUUUUUUUAUUACGCGGAAGCUCUGGUGAGUUUUAAUCACUGCACGGAAGUUACAGGAGGCUUUUUACACAUUUACCAAAAUGAAGGAGCGAAUGAUUGAAUUCACACAGGUGAGUUACUGUUAGAAAGAAUGGGGCUCUCCGUUCAUGUAGGAAAGUUUGAAAUGGUCAUAAAGUAGGCUAUAGGCUACAGUAUUUGCGUAUGUGCAUGUAGUCUGUACAUGGCACUGAGAAAUUUUUAUUCAUUAUUGCGAUUAUAAAGCUAUUAAUUAUCAAGGCUAUUUUAUAUCGAAUGUAUCAUUUGUGUACGUAAGCAUAAUUAUCAGUAAAUAUAUAAAUAGGCAUAUUGGUUCAUCGAUCACCUAUUAAUUUACAAAUCAUCCUCUCAAAACCUCACA